AUGGGUGAAGUAGACCUCCCAGCACAGAAUGCUGGCUCAUCGACUUACACCCCCUUCCUGCUACGACUAUACGACUUGGUAGUUCUCAGCAUAUCAAACAACUAUGCGUGGAAGUGCUCGACGGCAAAAGUGCAACUCCCCCUUUUCAAAUCUGCUCUAGGAACCAAACAUCUCGACAUUGGCGUCGGCACGGGAUACUACCCUGCCAAUGCUGUCAGAACGCAGACUCCUUGCAAAGAGAUUACACUCGUCGACCUGAAUCCAAACACUCUGAAUCUAGCGGUUUCUCGAAUCAGCGCAGCACAAAAAAACAUCAAAGUACACUCCGUCGUAGCCGAUGCGACCGAACCGCUACCACUGCCUUCAGGCCAGAAAUUCGACUCUGUGAGCAUCUUCUACUUGCUACACUGCAUUGCCGGACCGCCUGAAAGGAAGAACAGAGUGUUCGACCUGUUGAAGGACCACGUUGCCGAGGGCGGCGUCUUAGUGGGAACAACCAUCUUGGGAGAGGAGAGGCCGAUGAACUGGUUUGCGAGACGACUAAUGACCAUCUACAACGAGAAAGGCAUAUUCGACAACUGGAAGGACAGCAAGAGCGUUUUCGAGGACGGUCUACGGCGGAACUUUGGCGAGGUGGAUAUCCAAAUCAUCGGUAGGACCAUGGUGUUUACCGCAAGGAAUCCCAAAAUGGCAACAUAG